UUCGGAGAGUGCGCAGAAGCUGGGGGCGUCGAACGCGUAGCCAUCUUGGUGUUUUGGGUGUUGUUGUAGGGUAUUAUAUCUGUGAUAAUCGGCCGGCAGCGAAGCGCUGUGCGUUCGUCCGAAGUGUAUUUUAUGAUUUGAGAGGCUACUCGUCGUCGCGAGAUAUUUAUUGCAGCUGAUUUCAGCCUCAUUGUUCACUCGUCGCCAGUGGGGCACAGGAGUCAGCGGCUUAGGAUGGCCAAUAAAGAUGAUGAAUACGAUUAUCUUUUCAAAGUGGUCCUGAUAGGGGAUUCAGGUGUCGGCAAGAGUAACCUUCUUUCAAGGUUCACGAGGAAUGAGUUCAACUUGGAAAGCAAGAGCACCAUCGGGGUGGAGUUUGCCACGCGCUCGAUCCAGGUGGACAACAAGACAGUCAAAGCUCAGAUCUGGGACACAGCAGGCCAAGAACGCUACCGUGCCAUCACUAGCGCGUACUACAGGGGAGCUGUGGGUGCACUGUUGGUGUACGACAUUGCGAAGCAUCUGACCUACGAGAAUGUGGAACGCUGGCUCAAGGAGCUGAAGGACCACGCUGACCAGAACAUAGUCAUCAUGCUUGUGGGCAACAAGAACGACCUCAGACACCUUCGGGCUGUGCCCACCGACGAAGCGAAGGCCUUUGCUGAGAAAAACAAGCUCUCGUUUAUUGAAACAUCGGCGUUAGACUCCACGAAUGUAGAAGCAGCGUUCCAUCAAAUAUUAACAGACAUCUACCACAUCGUGUCACAAAAGCAGAUACGGAGUGAAGGGGACAAUGAUCCGUCUCCGUCUCGAGACAACAUCCCCAUCACAAUUGCCCCCACGGACCCAACGGACAACCGCAAGAAGUCGUGUGCCUGCCAGCAGUAGCGUGCUGGUUGCCGGAUACAACACUUGGCUGUGCAGGGCCCCUGUAAAGUAGGAGGGACAAGAGAAAAAAAGAAGCGAGGAGGGCACAAGAGCACUCCUGCACUGUGGCCUUUUUCUUUCUCCACUUCUGUUCUUUCCAAAACGAAAAAAAAAAAAAAGAAACAACUGCCCCUACUAUUUUUUGAACAGUGCCCUAUUAGUAGACCCUUUUUUUUCUUUCUUGUUCAGAUGACCUCCCCAGCUGCCUCUCCCCGUACCUACUUUUUUUUUUUUUUUUAAACCAUGGAAUGGCUUACUUUUGUGGCAUUGCUACAUUUAGCACCAGUGUUGCUCUUGUUUAGACAUCCUCGGUGUUGAACUGAAGCGGCAUUGCUCGUGAACUGUGUUACAGCGGGCCGAACAUACUGGUGCAUUCGAGUCAUCUGCUCAGUGUGUCCCUUCGGUUACUGCUUGGAGGGAACUGUCAGAUCUUCUAGUGAAAGGUACAAGCUAACUUCUUUCUUUCAAAGACCAAUCUUGGCUUUUUUUUUUUUUCUGCCAUUCCCAAUGCUGCUGUAUGCUGUGAGAAUAAAGAGGACACUUGUUUAUUUAACGCAGGUGCACUUCUGUUGAGAUAAAGUUGUGCUGUUUACACUACUCUGUACUGGCUAGAUUUCAGAGUAUUGCGUUCAGAUUUUCUUUGUUUUGGUAUCUUUGAGAAGGGAAGGUGAGCGUGGGGCACCAAAUUUAACCUUAACGUGUUUGUGGAUGUAGGGCGGUACCUUAAGCUGCUCUCCUCUUGGUAAGUUAGCCUUGAAGUGAUUUAAAAAUUGCCGGGUGUUUUAUUGUGAAAGCGUGCUGCUGUCACUGGUCCCUAACUGCGGCUUAGCCCAAGCAAUCUUUCCAUUUUGGUGCUUGCUUGCACAAAAUAUUUGCUGGAGGCUCCUCGCUUGGGUGGUCCCCCCUCUUCCUCCCUACCUUUUCUUUUUGUAAUUUUCACUCGGUUGUCAUAGAUGUUCUGUAUUCAGCCGUUGCUGCAACAGAUUGAGAGUGAGAAAGUUUUUGUGGAAAUGAUCAAUUUGUACUUCAAUGACUGUACAAUGGAUGACGUCGUUGAUUGCGUGGACGAUUUCUUGGAUGCCAUACGAGCGCGUGCGAGAGAGGAACCUGCUAUGCAUCUGCGGUGCACCAGCACUGGCUGCCUCGGCUGACUGUCCCCGUUUUGUGCAUGUCGCCCCUUAAGCAAGUGACGUGGCAGUGAGCGCUGGUGCACGUAGAGGCCCUGUCAUCCCGUGUAUAUAUAUAUAAUUACCAAUAAAGUCCCCAAUGUCUUCGCUUAUA